CAUGUGGGAGGUGAUACAGACAACAGCUGCUGACUUCUGCUCCAAAUAUGUGGAUUAUGAGAAGAAAAACAUUAGGGGGCCAUAAUGUGCCUUUAUAAGGAGACUUGGAGACAAAGUCAAUACAGGUGCACCUUUAGGUCAUUCAAAAAUAUUUGCUUCCUAGUGUUUGUACUUAACCACUCCUCGUGCAUGCAUGCAUUUCUCAGUUACUGCUGACUCGGUUCACGCUGAAAGCAAAAGCACUACACCAUCAGCACUGGCCUGCCUCCAAACUAACGCUCAGUGAACUUUGGUACACACAGCCAACUUAUCCCCAAUGCAUUUUAGCACAAUAUGCGCUCCUAAAACUCGAACACGUAUUGAGAAGGCAGUCGUUAAAGCCAUCAAGCUUGGAGAAAGGGUUUAUUGACCUUUCUGUCUGGACGCAUCACUCAGCCACUAAACAUUACAGCCAUUAUUGCUCAUUCAGGCCGCGGGCGCCACACACCCGGAAGUGGGAGCGCCGGUGACGUAACACGUUUCAAACAUCAACCUGAGAGGCCGUUACUCCAGGUAAAAGGAAGGGAGUUUGUGGAGCCAUGUGCUUAGCAGGUGACUCAGGGUUGGGCUUGACAAACCUUACACGCCUUCUAGUGGCUAGGACACGAACCUUCAGUGGAACUCCUUGUUAGGAUCAAAGUAUUUCAUGUAGUACACACCGUUAAAGCGUGAGGAAGGUAGGAGCUUUUCAUUCAGAGCUUUGGCAGUGGAAUAAACCGGUGUCAUCAAAAUCGGACUCCCCGUGAGAUUAUGAUUUCCCAGUUUUUCCCACUUGUUCCGGCAAUUUACAAAUGAAGCACAGCCUGGACACAUACUUCUGUAUCCACUAAAUAUUAUGUCAUGUUGUUUACAACAGUCGUCUCUUAGGUCCCUCCUAUGAGAGGAGCAUGCACAACUUCAGAACGUUUUGUCUCGACCACAUAACCAUUUCUUCUUCUGGUGAUUUGUAAGAGCAAAGGGACAAAGGGACAAAUAAAAAGAGAGAGAUUGAUUUACAUAAAAAGAGGUUGCAUUAACAAACAAAUAUUAAGCAACGAUUAUAAAGGCAAACUGCUGUUGAUAUACAGCACACUCUUCUUACUCAAGUGAACAGUUCAAGAGGUGUUCCUGACUGUAGCCAUGUGGAUGCAGAAGAUGCUGGGAUGUAAGGAAACGAGGGUGAGAUACAAGUUGACCCUGUCUACUGGCCUACUGGAAUGUUUGUGUUUCGCUGGCAUUGUGUUUGGUUGGGCAUCUCUAAUGUUUGUAUUGAAGUCAGAGGGCUACUUCGGUGAACUGUGCGUCAAUGUGACAAACACUAGUGGAGAAAAAUCAGAUUGCAGUCUGCAGGAUGAGAAUUUCUCCUUAGUCUUUACAGUUGCCUCGUUCAUGAACAACUUUCUCACCCUGCCCAAUGGAUUCUUCUACGACCAUUUUGGCACGAUGGCAACGCGGCUUCUGGCUAUAAUUCUUUAUACCACAGGAACCUUGCUAGUGGCACUAUCCAAUGAAGCUCUCUCUCUCCUGCUAUUUCCUGCUUUAUCCUUUAUAGCUGCGGGGGGUGUUCUGUUUUUAAUGACGAAUAUGCAGGUGGGGAACCUGUUUGAUACUCGCAGAUCAACCAUCAUAACAAUCUAUAAUGGGGCCUUUGACUCUUCAUCGGUUAUUUUUCUCAUUAUUAAGGUGCUGUAUGAGAGAGGAGUUUCUCUUCGCUCCUCAUUUCUCUUCCUCUCAGCUUGUAAUGUCAUUCAUCUCCUCCGGACGAUCUUUCUCAUGCCGAAGUCACACAUUCCCUAUCCAGUCCCAGAGAACUACACGUAUGGCAUGAGCUGUGCGAAAUCAAACAGCUACAAUGUUGAAGAAUACGAGGCAGAGCGAGAACAGAGUUUAGAUGAAGGCGGAUGUGAAGAUGAUGAGCCACUGGAGACUGCAGACUCGCCAGACAACUCUGAGAAAGUGAGCUUAAAGAGCUGUUGUUUGUCCUGGUUCUUCUUGUGGCACCUGGUAUGGCUGUCAGUCAUGCAACUUCGACAUUAUUUCUUCAUUGGGACUCUGAAUCCAAUGCUGAACAGACUGGCCGACCAAGACCCAGUUACUGUGAGUCAGUACACCAAUGCGUUUGCCUUCACUCAACUUUGUGGAGUUCUCUGUGCUCCCUGGAAUGGUCUUCUGAUGGACAGACACAGAAGAAGACCACUAGCUCCAGGCCUGUCAGAACGAGAAGCAGACCUGCGCUCCUCCAUUCUGUCUCUCCUCCUCACCUCCCUCCAGUGCCUCCUGUUCUCCAUCUGUGCCAGCGUUCCCCUCCUCCCACUCCAGUAUCUUACCUUCAUCCUUCAGGUCCUCAACCGUUCCUUUUUAUAUGGAGGCAAUGCUGCUUUCAUCAGUAUAGCGUUUCCUGCCUAUCAUUUUGGAAAGCUAUAUGGUCUGGUGAUGUCUCUCUCUGCCAUGGUAUCUUUGCUACAGUAUCCAUGCUUUGCUCUCAGCACAGUUCUUGGAGGAGAUCCCUUUUAUGUGAACAUCAUGUUAACUGUCCUGACUCUUCUAGCCUUCAUACACCCUCUUAAUGUUUUCCUUCGCUGCAGAGAGCUGACAAAACAACGAGAGAACUUAAAGAGUGUGUCAGAGUGCUCAAUAACAGAAACAUCAAUGUAUUAACUCAAAUCAUGUCUUUCAUCUAUAGGAGCAUUUGUGAUAUGAUUAUGCAUAUAUAUCUAUCUAGGUAUUUUAUAAAAUGACAAAAAGAAAACAUUACAAUUGUGCUUAUUAUUUUGUAUCACUGUCUUUCUAAAGAUAAAAAAACUUAGAAAUGAAACGUGAUAGCCAGAAAUGUAAUAUAAUUUAAUUCAAUGUAAUAUCAUUAUUAAAUAUUUACAACCUUUAUUAGUACAGAAAUUACAAUUUAAGACAAUAAAAAGUUGUAUACUUUGCUGUUAAUGAACAGAGCAAUAUUAAGAAAAAAAACAUUGGUUUCCACAUAACAAUGGGACACUUUUUACGGCAAAAUGGGAUUCAGAGACAUGGGUCCUAAAAGAUCUCCAAAAAAUGUUGUGUGAUAAUCAAUUGUGCAUCAGUGCCAAUAACCCUUGAAGCAUUAACUUUUGAAGCAUCAUGUAGUAACCUUAGACCCAUUAGCCAAUGGCCUGUUGUCCAAAACAAAUAAUACUGAUUGAUUACUGCCGCUGCGUGCUCUCACAUGUUCAAAACAGUGCAUUCAGUUGACUGAUCAAGAAUCAAGAAUUUCAUGUAAAGAUUUGACAGAAAACAUGUUGCAGGCUAUAGUUUGCACUAGAUGAAACUUUGUAUUGAUUUGUUUUGGUCUACAGUCUGAUUUGAUUUUAUCUUAUUUUAAGCCAUAGUUAAUGUGCAUCAUUGAAAAUUUGGGAAAAACAUGAAUAAAUAAAAUAUUUAUGGAACACUUUCCCUCUUUGUCAAAAAACAAGCAAAUGUAUGAAAAAGUUCUUUUGGAAAAGUGCUAUGGUUUAGAUAAGUAGCAAUUACAAGGUUUUUAUUUUAAAAAUAUGUACUGC